CUAAUGGCAAGCUUGCGAAGAAGGAUCUGUUUUGCUAGUCCUUUGGUAGCCAUGGUGGUAACACGAGUGUAAAGUAAAAGUUAAAUUGAACGUUUCUAACAAUCUCGACCCGAUAGACGAUCUUUUCCCAAACGAAUAUCCUCGACGUAUCGCUAGUUUCUCUCGUAUCAGAGUAAGAUGGAAAUAUCACCCAGAAAGCCGUCGAAACGUGCUCAGGAACCUGUUGACGAAUGGUUGCAAAAUGAAGGAUAUUUUAGGAAACAGGCACCGAGGGAUCCGACUUGUUUGUUCAGAGCAGUCAGCGAACAAGUUUAUAUGACACAAUAUUAUCACAUAAGGGUCAGGAAGAAGUGUGUGGAAUUCAUGAGAAAAAUGAGACAUUUGUUUGAAGAGAACGUGAUGAUUCCAUUCGACGAUUACCUGGAACAAAUGGCAUGUUUUACAGAAUGGGGUGGUAUGAAUGAAAUUCAAGCCAUGUCGUUGCUGUUUAAGAGAGAAUUUGUUAUAUUUAAUGGUCAGAGGCAAACCCGCUGUACCGUUACAGAUAAUGGUUUCAAAGAUAUGAUAUAUUUAUGCCAUACCCCACAGAAACAGUAUGACACAAUUUAUACGAGAGACGUAGUUGCGACUGCUGCUUAUUGCCAAUCUAUAGUUUAUCAAGUACUUUACAAGGAUGUCUUUCACAUGUCUAACAUAGAGACUACCAUCCAUAAAAUGUUACACGAUCGAACCGGUACAUUCAGGCACGACAAGUUCUUCCUUAAAGGCAAUCUUGAAAUGCGAGAUCAGUUGACUGCAGAGAUAUACAAUAAAGUCGAAAAUGGAAAUGGAAAUGACGAGGUUGACGAUACACAAACAAUAGUAAGAAACAUACCACCUUUUCCAUAUAGAGUCGCGAAAGCUCUUGAUCCGAAUAUUUAUCGUAACACCGACUUUGACAUAUGGCAUGAAAUUAGAAAAGAAGUGAAAAAUGCAGGAUGGACUAAGCACAAUAGCCAUGAACUUCAAGUUGGUAGUAAAUGCUUGGUACAAAUGGAAUUUAACGAGGAAGAAUUUGACAAGGCUAAUAACAAUAAUGUUUACGUGACUUCUCUCGAAAAAGACGCUAACGGUAACGAUAACAUGAAAGUAUUACAGAAGAAAGGGAAACCAGAUCCUGUGCUUUUUUAUGGUCACAUUCAAGAAAUGAAUAAAAAUCAGGGUCCCGUGUUGGUUUUUAUCGAGGAAUUAGGAGAGAAAAAAAUCGUGCCUUAUUGUGCUUUGAAACCAAUACCAUUAAGGAAAAAUAAACAGAACAAUUGGCUGCCGAUGUGCAAAAAAAAUGUACUAGACUCAAAUCAUAAGUGGAAGAAGACGUGCAGUGUAACUUCGCGUAAGAUUCAGACUGUUCCGAACGACAAUAUUCUAUCAAGUAAUAUUGAUAAAAAUGAAAACAACGAUAAUAGCAUCAGCGAUGUUAAUAGAAAUAACUAUCAGUGGAAGGAAGAAUCUUCAAAAAUAGAACAUCGACAAACAUAUGAAAAUUAUGGGUUGAAAAAGUGUCCCGAUUAUUUAGUUAAUAACACGGAUGAAAUAUUUUCUACAAGGAUGAUUCUUGACAAUAUCCAUUCUUCUGCAGUGGACAAUGUCAGGCAGAAGAAUGGUACAGAACACAAAGAAAAGAAUUUGCUUGGAAGUAAAUCUUCCGAGGAUAAUGUGAUAAAAAAUUCAAAGUUUGAUUGCGUAACGAAUACCGGUAAUAAUGCUGAAUUCCACUUGUACCCGAAACAGGAGACUGAAAAUGAUAACUAUAGUCUAUCAUAUUCCGGAGAAUCUGUUCCUGUUAAUCGAAUGAACAACGUGUUGUGUUCUAUUAAUUGUUCUGUACAAAAAAGUGUCGAUGUAAACGGUAGCGACUUGCCAUUAUCAGAUCCAUUUACCUUGAGAUUUUUUUAUAAUUUAGGAUUAGAGUACUUUCAUGGAACCAGUAAUUGGAAUUAUUUGACGAAUGGACAAUCACCCGGUUUUGGACAAUGGUACCAAGGUAUGCCUCAAAACGAGGAGGAAGCGAUAAAUGUUACGAACGGCAUAAUGCAAAAUUGCACGUUGACGCCACAAAAGAAAGAAGAUUGCAACGAUCGUAAAGAGACUUUCGGGCAAUCGUUGUGCCAAGAAAAUGGUGAUAAUUACAUGAACGGUGUAAAGGAUGUGCAGAUUCAAAGCAACGAGAUUUCAAGAGGAAAGAACGAAAAGGAUCUAGUAUAUUCGCCGCGUGAGAAAAUAAAGGAACAGGAGCCUGUUAAUAUGGACUCACCGCGCAUAAAUAGGAACGGUUUGGGCCCUCGAUUUAAGAAAAGUUCAGACAAUCGAUAUCGUAACAAUCAACAGUUUCCAUCGCCAAACAACCAGUAUCUGCAGAGUGGACCGAAUUCCAAAUACUCGAAGUCGCAGGAGACUAAAGGUAGCGGUACAAACCUCCAAUGCGCACGCGCAGUACCACACCAGGCACACGCUUCCACAGACGCGGUAAAUUCUUAUCAAACGCCUUACGUGCAACCAGGCAUGUAUUACGCGAACGAAGUAGAUACAUUCACAAAUUCUUACUAUUCUCCAAGCCCGUAUUUCCCAAUCCCUUGUCUACCGUAUCCCGAGAUACCCGAUAACAACAAUGCACAGCCAUUUCCACAGCAUCUGUGUCCCGGCGUAGACUAUGCCCAAGCUUAUCCAGGUUUAUGCCCGCCGUACAUAUGCCCACAACCAGCCCCGUACAACAUGUCGCCGCAAAACAUGCAGGAACACUGGUACGCAGUUGCUGGCCAACCGCAUUAUAUGCAAUACGCACCUAUGUUACCUAUCACUCCAGAAACAACUUGUAACGGGAUCGCACAAAAUGGCAAUCAGCAUACUCCGCCUCAAAAUAUAUAAUAAUCGUGCCGUUA